GAGCACGUGAACUAUGUAUACAAGUUUGAGGAUCUCAAUGCUUUUGCUGUGAAAUCCCUUCGAACCACUCAUGGUUUCACAGUCAGUGAGUGGCUGAGGCCAAAACCGUGGAUUCAAAAAAUAAUAUGGAAAAUAUAGAGCAAGACAACCAAAAGGGCUUGUAAAUAAUUAAGAAGAUAGUAGAAUGCAAACAGAUAGUGAAAGAGAAAAAAAGAAGAGCAAAGAACGUAUUCAAUGAAGAAACAAGGGUGUGAGGUUGAGGCAAUUGGCAUCAACUACAAGAUCCGUACAAAGACAACAGAGAAACCUUUUAAAAUCUUCACCAAACUUCCACAAUUGAAUAGGGAAGAAGAUGUUCAUGAAGCAGAAGAUGAACAAAGGUCAUGCCGUGGAGUGAGGCAUGUCCUCAAAGAUGUGAAUUGCAUGGCCAAGCCAUGGGAAAUUCUGGCAAUUGUUGGGCCAAGUGGAGCUGGAAAAACAUCCCUUCUUGAGAUCCUUGCUGGUAAAGCUAGUCCUCAAAGUGGUUCUAUCUUGGUGAAUCAAGAACCUGUGGAUAAAGCUGAGUUCAAAAAAUUUUCAGGGUAUGUUACACAAAAGGAUACCUUGUUUCCCUUACUUACAGUUGAAGAAACCAUUAUGUUUAGUGCAAAGUUAAGGCUAAAUCUUCCUCGGGAGCAAUUAUUCUCCAGGGUCAAGUCACUGAUUCUAGAGCUUGGUCUUGGCCAUGUUGCUAGGACUAGAAUUGGAGAUGAAAGUGUCCGCGGCAUAUCCGGUGGUGAGAGGCGCCGUGUUUCCAUUGGUGUUGAAGUCAUACAUGAUCCAAAAGUGCUGAUCUUGGAUGAACCAACUUCAGGGCUUGACAGUAAUUCAGCUUUGCAAAUAAUUGAAAUGCUUAAAGUCAUGGCUGACUCUAGGGGAAGAACUAUAAUCCUCAGUAUCCACCAACCCAGGUACAGAAUAGUGAAGUUGUUCAACUCAUUACUGUUAUUGGCCAAUGGCAAUGUGUUGCACCAUGGCACUGUGGAUUUAAUGGGUGUGAAUCUAAGACUAAUGGGUUUAGAGCUUCCUCUUCAUGUUAAUGUAGUUGAGUUUGCCAUUGAUUCUAUUGAGACCAUUCAGCAACAACAAAAAUUUCAGCAUGGUGAGAGUAGAAGUGGUAAGUUUACUUUGCAACAGCUCUUUCAACAAUCCAAGGUAAUUGACAUAGAAAUCAUUAGUUCGGGAAUGGAUAUCACCUGUGGUUUUGCUAAUUCUGGAUUGAGAGAAACUAUGAUUCUCACUCAUAGGUUCUCCAAAAACAUCCUUCGCACAAAGGAACUCUUUGCUUGCAGGACAAUUCAAAUGCUGGUUUCUGGACUUGUUUUAGGCUCAGUCUUUUGUAAUCUCAAGGAUGGUCUAGUAGGAGCAGAAGAAAGAGUGGGUCUAUUUGCUUUCAUAUUAACGUUUUUGUUGUCAAGCACCACCGAAGCUCUACCGAUUUUUCUGCAAGAAAGGGAGAUUCUAAUGAAGGAGACCUCUAGUGGAAGCUACAGAGUUUCAUCCUAUGCUAUUGCCAAUGGCCUAGUUUACUUGCCAUUUCUACUCAUACUAGCCAUUUUGUUCACAAUGCCUUUGUACUGGCUCAUUGGUCUCAACAGAAAUUUCACAGCAUUUUUGUACUUUUUGAUGCAAAUUUGGCUGAUUCUUAACACUGCAAAUUCGGUUGUGGUAUGUUUCAGUGCACUGGUGCCUAAUUUCAUUGUUGGAAAUUCGAUGAUCGCUGGUGUCAUUGGUUCGUUUCUCUUGUUCUCUGGCUACUUCAUAUCAAAACAUGAAAUUCCAAGUUACUGGAUUUUCAUGCAUUACAUAUCUCCAUUUAAGUAUCCCUUUGAAGGGUUCCUAAUAAAUGAGUUCUCCAACUCAAAUAAGUGCUUGGAGUACUUGUUUGGGACAUGUGUGGUGAGAGGAGCGGAUGUACUUAAAGAAGCAAAGCUUGGAGGAGAGACUAGUAGAUGGAAGAAUGUUGGGGUGAUGGUGUGCUUUAUCUUGGUUUACAGGUUCAUUUCUUAUGUAAUUCUUAGGUACAGAUGUUCGCAAGGAGUUAUCCUAAAAGUAUGAUACUAUGAUGAUUCUCUCUAUCUCGAGGGUUCACAUGUCUUGGAUUUUUCUGCAGAUAGCAAACAAAGAAGAUAUAAAGUUA